AUGACGACCCAGGUCGCUUUCGCAGCCGCCGCUGUUGGCAUUGGCGCCUAUGUGUACAUGAGAAGCGGUGCUACUGCAGCUCCCGCCACGUCGGCCACGAGUGCCAACAGCGACACCACAAAGCCAUACUUCAGCGGCUUCGGAUUCCGCACCCUCAAGCUGCACAGCUCCGAGGUCGUCAACCACAACACUAAGAAGCUCCGCUUUGAGCUUCCAGAUCCGAAUCAGUCGAGCGGCCUCACCCUCAGCUCCGCUCUCUUGACUGUCUCUUUUCCCCCUACGAACGGCCGGUGGACUCCCGUGAUCCGGCCUUACACACCCACCAACCCUCUGGACGAGCCCGGGUUUGUCGAGUUGACGGUCAAGCUCUACCCCGACGGAAAACAAAGCGGAUACUUGCACUCCCUCAAGCCUGGCGACAUCAUCUCCUGCCUUCGGAUACCCGAAUAUGUCUGGCAGCCCAACAAGCACGAUCAUGUCGCUCUGAUUGCAGGUGGAGCUGGCAUCACGCCCAUGUACCAGCUCAUCCAGGGCAUCUUGGCCAACCCCGAGGACAAUACCAGGAUCACUCUCGUUUGGGGUGUUAACGGUGACAGGGAUAUAUUCCUCAAGAAGGAGUUUGCCGAACUGCAGUCAAAGUACCCAGGGAGAUUUAGAGCCGAGUAUGUUGUUUCCCAGCCAGAGGCCGGCUCGACGCAUCGCAAGGGAUAUGUGAACGGGAAAGUACUUGAGGAACUCGGACUGGGCGCCAAUGAGGCGAAGAACAAGAGCAUCAAGGUCAUGAUUUGUGGGCCGCCGGCGAUGGAAAAGGCAUUGAAGGGGGGCAAAGGCCCGUUUGCCAACAAAACUGGCGUUCUCCACGAGCUGGGCUACAAGCCUGAUCAGAUUUACACCCGCUUGAAAUCUUCACCAUACGGCACCGAUUAUCCAUCACGACUAUCCAUCAAACUGCCGUGUCACAUGCCUUUUCGACUUCCCCUCAAGCAUCUUCCCUCGCGAUACCUCUCUAUCGCUCCCGAAUUUGCCAACCGCCUCAAGACCAUCAACCUAGAAGUCGAACGGAAAGUCCCAUGCCUCGCCAUUCCCACUCUGAGCGACCCUUCGCUCUGGUCCAACCCCGCCUUCAUUUCUGUUGAUCCUCUUCCGUUCAAAAUCUUCCACGAUGUUUACUACGACAACAAUGAUACCUUGAGCUCCCACGGUCUCUGGGUUCGGCAGAGAAAUGGUGUGUGGCAGGCCAAGGUCAACCCAUCAGUCAGGAGAGGACGGGCAAACACAAGAUUCGAAGAGUUACGGAUAAAAUCUGAUAUCCAAAAGGCUGUCGAGGCUAUCACCAGAGUGGAGGCGCAAGCCACAGCCAAUUUCGGGCUGAACAAAAUGGCUGACUUUACAACCUACCGAGAAGGGUGGAGAGUGGAUGGCGACUUUAUGGUUGUGAGAGACAAUACUAGCUUCGGGUGGGGCAUCGUUGAAAUUGAGCUGGAGGAACAGAUAAAGUGUGUGGGGGGAGAGGAAGUCGAUGAGAAGUGGAAGGAGAGGAAGAUGGAGGAGAUGGAUAGGAGAAUCGAGAUGUUCAUGGAGAAGUAUAGCUGGGCAUGGGGUAAAGGGCAGGUGAAGGGGAAUCUGAGUGCUUACUUGGACAUGACGAGGGGAAUCAGAAGUGGAAGGGUGAGGUAG